AUUAGAAAAGAAGCCAUACUUAAGAAAUUAAUUUUUAGGGACAAUCUUAAUGGUGUUCGUCUGGGGUUAUUUAGCGGAUACCGUUGGCCGAAAGAAAAUUAUGCUUUAUGGCUACUUGUGUUCCUCAAUAUUUAGCUUUGCCAGUUGCUUCUCCCAAGUUUCUUGGCUCUUAAUAGUAUUCAAAUUUCUAAGCGGAGUUGUAAUUUGUGGUCCACAUGCAGCACUCAUGUCAUACCUCGCUGAAAUUCAUAGCGAAAUUUUUCGAUCUAGAGUUUAUUUGUGGUUGGGCGUUGCAUUCUCUCUUGGAAAUAUUAUAUUACCGUGUCUUGCUUGGUUAAUAAUUCCACAAACCUGGCGAUGGAAUAUUUUCAAAUACCAAUUGGAAUUAAAUUCGUGGAGAAUAUUUUUGGCUGUAUGUACAAUACCGGAAUUUCUUGCAUUUAUUGCCAUGUCAUUUUUUCCUGAGAGUCCACGAUUUUUUUUGUCGAGAAAAAAAUUAGAUGAGGCCCUUUUGGUUUUCAGGAAUAUUAUUUAUUCUAUGAAUACGGGUAAACAUCCAGAUACUUAUCCGGUCAAAUGUUUAGUGGAGGAGAAUUUUUUUGCUGAAUUCGAGAAAAGAGGAAUUAUGAAGAAUAUUUUUCACAAUUGCCAGCAAAUAAAGUCUUUAUUUCAGUUGCCGAAUAUUUAUAAACUUUCGCUACUUGCUUCUAUUCAAUUCGCCAGCACUGUGGGAUCAAAUUCAAUGAAACUAUGGAUACCGGAACUAUUUUCUAUGAUUGAAACAUACACUGUUAUACAUCCAAACAGUGAAUCAGUAACAGUUUGUAAAAUGUUGAAUGGCAUAAAUAGUCAUUCUUAUUUCAAUGGGAAUAAUUCAUCGUCUGUACCAGUUUGCCAGGAGAGUAUUGUAAAUGCUACGGUCUACAUUAACUCUAUUGUAAUUUCUCUCACUGGAUUUAUCGGGUGUUCGUUAGCAAGUAGUCUUGUUCCAAUUGUUGGAAAACUGAAAUUAAUGGUUUUCUGUUUCGUAACCAGUGGAGUUUGCUGUUGUAUUUUAUUUUGGGCGGAAAAAUCGAAUGUUAUUUUAGCUUUAUUCUCAGUGUUUGUGGCUUUAUCAAAUAUUGGAGCUGCUGUUCUUACGCUUAUUAUUGUCGAUAAUUUUCCUACUUAUCUGAGAACAAUGGCAGUUAGCGUAACAAUGGUAUUUGGACGCUUAGGGGCAGUUGUGGGAAAUUUGUUAUUUCCGGUUUUAUUCGCCUUUGGGUGCUUUGGUCCGUUUACUAUGAUCGGAGCUACAUGUCUAGUGUGUGCGGUACUGACAGUAUUUUUACCGAAAAAUACUACAGAGGAAAUGGAGACAUGAAGAAUUCGUUUCUGCUUAUGAACAGAAAAAUAAAAAAUAUUUUACUUUUGAUCUUGUACAAAUCAUUUAAAAGAGUAAUAUUAAUUUUUUGUAUUCUUAUAAUAAAAAAUAUUUUUAAUUUAAACAAAAAAUA